CCCCCAACGCGGGGGCAGCUUGCCUCAAAGUUGCAGCUAUUGCUACCGACAACUUAGCUUGCCUUUGUCCAUAAUUCAUGCAUUGAGAAAAUAACAAGGCUUCCUCAUUACUCCUUAAUCCACCGUAGACCACCCUUCUUUUUUAUUAUGAGUUAUGACUUCCAUCUUAUACUAUAAAAUACCUGCUUUUGCAUUCUCAUUUCCAUGACAAACAAGUAAAAUUUUCAUUUCUCUCAAACAUUGUGUAUCCUCGAAGGAACUACAAGAACUUUUCUAAAAUCACAUCUUAGAUAAAAUCAGCUUGCAUUCAUCAUCCUUUCAUAUUGAAGAAGGAACUUUGCUUUUGCUAUACGAGCAGCUUUGGUGUAUCAUUUUGAGAGUGAAGAUCUUUGCAAAAUGGAAGGCAGUGUCGCCUAUGAGAAUGAUCUACACCUCAAGGCAACUGAACUAAGAUUAGGGUUGCCAGGAACAGAUGAAAGAGAGGAACACGCAGUUUCCAAUGUUAGAAACAAUAAACGACCAUUGCAGGAAGGUGGAGCAAAUGGCAAAUCUGAUUCUCAAAACGAAACUGCCCCUCCUGCAAAAGCACAAAUUGUGGGGUGGCCACCGAUCCGGUCCUAUAGAAAGAAUAACUUUCAGUCAAAGAAAAAUGAGUCUGAGGGACCUGGGAUUUAUGUGAAAGUAAGCAUGGAUGGAGCUCCAUACCUAAGAAAGAUUGACCUGAAAGUUUACACUGGGUACCGGGAGCUCCUGCAGGCUUUAGAGAACAUGUUCAAGUUCACCAUAGGUGAGUACUCGGAAAGAGAAGGCUAUAAAGGAUCAGAUUAUGCACCUACUUAUGAAGACAAGGAUGGAGACUGGAUGCUAGUUGGAGAUGUUCCCUGGGAAAUGUUCAUCACAUCAUGCAAGAGACUAAGAAUCAUGAAAGGAUCAGAAGCUAGAGGCUUAGGUUGUGGUGUAUGAGAAAAUUCUUUCUACCUAGUACCAACAACAACACGUAUCUAAAGAAAAAACAGAAGAUCCGUCUCUCUCAUGGAGAGAAAAUCUUUCAGCUUCGGUUCUUGAAGGAGAUUUUUGGAUCUGAUUCCAAGUCUCCUCGAUAGAUUGUCUGGUAAGAAAUUCAAUCGACUGAGAAAGUUUAGAAGGAAUUAAGGAAAACAGAUAAUAUAAAGUGGAGUUACAUUUUCUUUCCUCAGAAACAUUUAUUUGGUGGUUUGAGCAUCUGUAAUGUUACUGUGUUUUGCUAUUAUACCCAUCAAACCAAAACUAGAUAAAAGAAUCUGUUGCUUCAAGUGCAACUUUGUUUAAAAAAAAAAAAAAAGAUUUAAGAAAAUCACAAAAAUGGAUGUGACUAUCCAAGUUUUGGUUAUGUAGUACUAAUACAAACAAAGUUGUAUAUCAGCUACGAGUCUCUGUACAAUUAAACUUGUCUGUGUUUUUGUUGUUCCUGAAAAAAAAAAUUGUUCUUUCCCUUUUCAUUAAUAAAUAGUCAUCAUCUAUUCAUUUUUGUUCAUAUUCCUUAUUCUGAGUUAAAACUACAUAAAAAACAAACAAACAAAGGAAAGAGGGAUUUCAAAACUUGAAUGGAGCCCCCAGCAGAUUAAGGAAUAUUUCCAAAAGUUGCAUAAGAAAAGUGCAGACUAGGGUUAAAAAAUCUACUGUUUAAUCCUAAAAUAGAUUUUGUAACCCUAAAAAAAGACUUAAAAAGGAUUAUUAAAGCUUUAUUGGCAUUCAAGCAUUAACAAGAGAAAGAAUGCAUAUUUGUUUUGACUUGUGAAGUAAUAGUAACUACAUACAUAUAUGAAAUGUAUUUGUCCAGAAUUCAAGCAUCAGAAAAGGGGAUUGUUAUAAAUUAAAUCGUUUCCCAUAUAUAUAUAUAUAUAUAUAUUUUUUUUUUCCUUGCACUAAAUUCACUAUACACCUCAGCUUAAUUUGCAGGACAGGGAAUUCAAAGACACCCAAACUUUAUUUUUAGAGAUUAAAAACUAACACAUACUUGGAUCUUGAUCAUCUGAGAUAUUAAACUAGUUUUACAUCAAGUUCUUAAAUAUAAUCAUCAUAAUAUAUUUUGUUAAACAGUUCAGAGUUCAAAUUCUGAUCAGAUCCCCCAUUUAAUGCUAGCUGAGUGAUUAUUUGAGAAAAAUAUCUAGGGAGCCAUACAAAACAACUCAAAACUUAAGCUACUCAGGGCCUCAAACAAGGUCACAUCUGGGUCUGGAGAAAUAGUACUGGUGUAACUUUUACUUUAGAUCAAUGGAUCUUUCCUCACCAGUACUAUCUUCAUUUAUUUUUAGUUUUUCUGGGAGAAGUUUAAAACUGCAGAUGAAACUGGGAAAGUCAAAUCUGAAGAGUCAGAAGCAUUCAGCAAGCAUUGCCUGUCAACAUUUAAGAAAUAGCCAUGGCGCUACUGCUACAGGGUCUAGUCCCAAAACAAUGCGUUGUUGCAUGACCUUGGGCAAAAAGUCUCAAUUCUAUCUUACCGGCAGAACUGAAAUCAAUCGAUCAAUUACACGCAUAAAAAAUAAUAAUUUAACGUGAUUCGAUUCAAUCAAUUUAAGAUAAAAAAAA